AUGCAACAAAACUCUUAUCAUUUUGUUGUGGAUUACAAGGUAGAUUUGUUGGGGAUCACAGAAACAUGGUUGCAUAUGGAAGGUAGUGACAUGGCUAUUGGAGAGCUCUGUCCGAAUGGUUAUCGUCUCCUGCACACCCCACGGUUGACAGGACGAGGCGGUGGCGUAGGCCUUCUUUACAAGCAAGGCAUUGGCUUUAAAUCUAAAACAAGGCUAUGUGAGCAUUCUUUUACAUCAUUUGAAUGCAUGGAUGUCACCUUUGUUGCUCGUAAGAGUUUGAGAGUAAUUGUUGUUUACCGUCCCCCCGGAGAGUGCGUCGGUUGGAGUCUUUCUGGAGGAAUUUUCUAGUCUAUUGCGAGAGACUGAAAUAUGCCCACAACAGCUUUUGAUAUACGGGGAUUUUAACUUCCAUAUAGACGACAAGGCCGAUAAGGGCACGACAUGACUUGGAGAGCUACUGAAUUUGUUCAAUUUAAAGCAACAUGUAUGUCUAUCCACUCAUAAACGAGGUCAUAUAAUGGACUUGGUCAUUAAAAGGAAUGAGACUGAGAGUGCUUUAAGCCUAAAGAACGUCACAGUCGUGGAACAGUUUAUCUCUUAUCACAAGGCUGUUUGCUUUAAUCUGAGCUUACGGAAACCAGUAAAUGAGAGGAGUACUGUUGUCUCUCGUAAAUUAAAGGGAUUUGAUUUUGAUGCUUUCAAUGAGAUGAUUAUAUCGACUGGUUUGUCGGAUGGAGGUGUAUCGCACUGUAUUGAGUUGUUGGCUAAGAAGUAUGAUGUGUUGUUGUGCAAGGCUUUGGACAAGCUGGCACCUAAAAGAACUCGCACUAUUGUCAUUCGACCGAAUGCCCCUUGGUAUAAUGAGGAGAUCGCCACUCAGAAAAGGAAGAGGCGAAGGCUCGAACGUAAAUGGCGUUCGACUAGUCUCGAAAUUGAUAGGGUGAAUUAUUUGGAACAGUGCAAUGUUGUAAAUGCAAUGCUUUAUAAGACGAAAGAACAGCGUUAUUCAACAGUUAUUCAGGACAAUGCCCUCGAUAGCAAGUUACUUUUUCGCACAGUUGAUAAAUUACUACAAAGGAAUACAGACUUAAGAUAUCCGUCUGCGAACAGUGACCAAGAACUCGCGAAUGCUUUUGCUGAUUUCUUUAGUGCCAAGAUUGUGCGAAUUCGUGAUGAAUUGCUGGUUAGGAAAGAACAGCUGGGGGAGCUCCUUAUGAAGGAUUUUUAG